CGCUUCACAGUGUGGGGGCGCACUUUAAACCGUCAAAUCUUUUUUGCUGACUAUCAAAAAAACUUAAUUUGCGAGAAUGGAUGGCGAAACACCCGCUGUGAUGUGGUUACACCACGUCAGUGGAAGCCAUGGCCGAGCUGCUAGUAUUCUUCAAGAAUUCAUUGAUGCAACUACGAAUGAGCCCCGCUUCCACUCGCUAGAGGGAUACUCGUCCUACGAAAUAAGCGACCACCUCACCAACUUUUUGCGAGUCCAGUCAUUUGUGAAGAAAUAUUCCCCCGAUGGGCUGUAUUAUUUCUGCUUAGGAGUACAGUGUUACCUUCAAGCGUAUGAUCGCGUCGGUAAUUUAUUUUUUCACGAUACUUACAUGGAUUGCCGAAAAAUCUUGAACCAAUUCGCAUUGAAGUUUAUUACCUCCUAUCACGAUGAUCCCAUAUACAUCCCCACUUGUGUUUCGGAGAAGUACUUGUGGGAAUCUGAUCACCUAAGCCCAAAAUGGCCCCACACCCUAUUAUGGACAGUGGUGUAUUUUGUGAUGAAGUACUUCAAACUGUCAACAGUUGAGGAGCACAAAGCCUUAGAAUUGAAAAAUUUAUUUAAACGUGAGACAGUUGGUCGAGCCAAGGGGAAACAAAGCUAUUUUUUCUAUUUUCUACGAGAAACAGGAGAGACGCAGUAUUGCAAGCGACAACUGCUACCAGAUAAGAAUCCUUCCCGAUGCCCCGUGGAAAUAAUGAAACUGUACUUAUCCAAGUGUCCCCCAUCGGCAAAGAAAGGUUCAUUCUUCUAUCUGAAGCCUAUUGCAAGAGCUGAUCUGGAGAAUCAGCCCUAUUGGUUCACAAAUGAAGAGGUGCCCAAUGAAGACUUGGAUGAAAUACUUAAUAGAUUUAAGAUGGUGUCUGAAAUUACAGAGCUGUUUGUGAAAGAUCGCAUCACAUCAUUAAUUCCAUGGUAUUAGAACUCGUUCUUGUAUCUAUAGUUUGUUGAUUACAUCCCCGCAAAUAAAGUAUUUAUUUUCGUUCAUUUAUUAUAGGUACUUUACUUAAUAGUAUCAGGUGUGUUGGUUAGUGCCCUAAAAAAAUUUUCCAGCAUUACCAUAAAAUGCACAAAAUUUAUAUCAUAAUUUGAUUCAAUACAUCAGGUGAACCUACCUGUCCAGAACCGAAAAAAGGUUUUUUAAAUCCCUCAAAUUGAUAAUCCAGGAUAAUAAUAAUCAAUUAAAUAUAUAAAGAUCUUGUAUAAUUUCU